AUGAUCAGAGUUCUUAGGCCUCAGUGCUUUUUUCGGAGAUUGCACACAGUGGAUCCACUGAAUGUGAAACUACGAGAUACGUCGCAGUUUGUAAGGGUGAAGCCGGUGAGCAAGCUCCGCUCUAUAUCCUCUCCGGAUUUCAUUUCAUCUCCUAAUUCAAAGCUACAGUCGCUGAUAUGGCACAGACCUCUACAGAACGUUUUUGUCACCAAAAAGCCUUGGGCAGAUAAUACCCGACAAGCAAUGGUGGAGUUUAUCGCGCACUUGCACGACUCUUACCCUGAGAUCAAUGUUAUUGUUCAGCCAGAUGUCGCUGAGGAGAUCGCUCAGGACUUUGUUAAAAACCCUCAGUCCAACCCGGGGCAGCCGCAUAUCCUGUACACUGGUGAGAUGAAAGAUAUCGUGGAUAAGGUUGAUUUAUUAGUCACUCUCGGCGGAGACGGUACAAUUUUAAGAGCAGUGUCGCUGUUUGCUAGUAUGCAAGUUCCACCUGUCUUAGCGUUUUCUUUGGGUACGUUAGGCUUUUUGCUGCCGUUCAAUUUCAAGGAACACAAGAGGGUUUUCGAGGAGGUCUUGAAUUCGAGGGCUAAAUGUCUUCACCGCACUAGGCUAGAAUGCCAUGUUAUCCGUCGUGGAAGCAACGGCAAAGAAGGAAAGAGCGUUGCACACCACGCAAUGAAUGACAUCUUCCUGCACCGUGGUAAUUCGCCUCACCUCACCAACCUCGAUAUCUUCAUCGAUGGUGAAUACUUGACAAGAACCACAGCCGAUGGUGUCACCCUUGCAACCCCCACUGGCUCCACCGCAUACUCUUUGUCAGCAGGCGGUAGUAUCGUGUCGCCCCUUGUCCCUUCGAUCCUAUUAACCCCCAUAUGCCCACGUUCCCUGUCUUUUAGGCCUCUUCUGCUGCCUCACUCUUCGCACAUCAAAAUCAAAGUGGGCUGCAAGGCUUCUCAGGGUCCCGACAACAAACUUGUUCGGUUGUCCAUUGACGGAGUUCCUUUAGAAGACCUAAACGUAGGUGACGAAAUACACGUCGUCAACGAGGUCGGCACGAUAUACGUGAACGGCUCACAGCUGCCCAGCACGACCGACGCUGCCACCAUCAAAAGACGCGGCCAAGACAUCAAGAAUGCGGGUGUUUACUGUGUUGCAAAGACGGAAAAUGACUGGACCAGAGGCAUCAACGAGCUGUUGGGGUUCAAUUCUAGCUUCCGCUUCAUGUCCCAGCGGGAGAAGGAGGGCGAGAACAGUAAGUAG